AUGGAGAUAGUAAAAACUUUUAUAAUUUCAUAUAACUCGACGUUUGAUGAUCUUCCGCUGCCUGAGACACAAAUUUGGUUGCAAGGUAUUGAUCCAUUUUAUGCCGCUUUGCUUGCUUUGGCUUUCUUGUUCACGCUAUUAACCGUUCUUUUGUCACUUGUCCAACUAUACUACAUAGUGAAGUAUAUCAGUAAUCAUCGCAUUCAAACAAAUUUCUAUUUCCUCGUAUUUAUGUUUCCGAUCGCAGCAGUCUGUAACGUUUCGGGUAUGUUCAUACCACGUGCAGCAAUAUUCCUCUAUGCUUUUGCGCUUGUAUAUCUGUCAGUAUGCCUAUUUGCUGCCAUUUCCCUAUUGUUUAACAUAUUUGGUGGACGGAAACAAAUGUCUGAAUAUUGCAUGAAAAGGAACAUUCCCAUUUCAUUUCGCAUUACUCCCCUAUGCUGCUUGAGUUGUCUUCCAUAUGUUCCGUGCACAGAAAAAAACCUGCAACGGAUUGAAUGCCUCGUAUUUCAAACGCCUGUUCUUCGAACCAUCAUUGAAGUAAACAGUGUUGUUAUUUUUAUGGAGCUUGGACAUCGGCACAAUCUGUGGUUCAUGCUUUCUCAAGUGCUUGGUAUAAUCUCUCUUGUUGUAGCAUUUUAUGGUUGCUACAUAAUGAUUCCUCUAGCAAAAAGCAAGUUGUCACCGUAUCGAUUCAAUUCACUUUUCAACAUAAUCGAUAUCACGCAAUGCUGUUACACAAUUCAAAAGUUUUGUUUCGACUUUGGUGCAGCCCUUGGGUUAUUCAGUGCUUCAUAUCUGCUGACGCCACCAGCUAAAGCACAAUUUUGGUCUUCGUUUAUGCUUACCUUUGAAAUGCUGUUAUUGUCUGCUAUCACUACAUAUUUAAUGCGACCGUCACAAUCAUUAUUCUUUGACAAAUAUAUUAGCAAAAGUGGAGAAAUAAACCAAUCUGUCAGUUUCGUCUCAACAGCUCAGUAUCUCGAAACGGAUCGGAAUAUCAACCAAGAUCUGGCAGUUGUAUUAAGAACCAAAAACCUUCCUUUUCUUUCUUGA